UGGGCAGUCAAAUAAUCCGCAACCGAACAGCACACGCAUCAUAUUUUUCACCGGGGUGAGUGAGCAUCAAAAAAAGAGGGUUUCUGAACUGCUGUUCUUUUUACACAAGCAAGCAUGAAGGGAAUGAUUUUUAAACUCGGGAGCCUGAGCCGUGCUGGCCUGGUUCUCCGCAGGAGCAUCCAUACACAUCCACGUCCCGCCACCAUGACCAAGCUCACCUCGGAGGAAAUCUAUGCCCGCGAGGAGAAGCAUGGGGCACACAACUACCAUCCGCUCCCUGUGGCCCUAGAGCGAGGCGAGGGCAUCUAUGUGUGGGAUGUGGAAGGCAACCGGUACUAUGAUUUCCUCAGUGCAUACAGUGCAGUAAAUCAGGGUCACUGCCACCCUAAGAUUGUCUCUGCGCUCACCAAGCAGGCGUCUACGCUCGCCUUGACUUCCAGAGCAUUCUACAAUGACGUGCUUGGAGCCUAUGGAGAGUACGUCACCAACAUGUUUGGAUAUGACAAAGUUUUACCCAUGAAUACAGGGGUUGAAGGUGGUGAGACGGCCUGUAAGCUUGCCAGGAAGUGGGCCUACAACAUAAAGGGGGUUCCAAACAAUAAGGCCAAGAUCAUUUUUGCAGAGGGAAACUUCUGGGGUCGCACCUUGGCUGCCAUCUCCAGCUCCACUGACCCCAGUAGCUACGAGGGUUUUGGGCCAUAUAUGCCCGGGUUUGAGCUUGUCCCGUUCAAUGACAUUCCUGCACUAGAGAAAGCUUUUCAGGACCAAAAUGUUGCCGCUUUCAUGGUGGAACCUAUCCAAGGAGAAGCAGGCGUGGUUGUGCCUGACCAAGGCUACCUGACCAAAGUCAGAGAACUUUGCACAAAAUACAAUGUGCUGUGGAUCGCUGAUGAGGUCCAGACGGGCCUGGCACGGACUGGCCGGCGCCUGGCUGUCGACCACGAAGGUGUUCGCCCGGAUUUGGUGAUACUGGGCAAAGCUCUCUCUGGAGGAGUUUAUCCAGUGUCUGCAGUACUUUGUGAUAAUGACAUAAUGUUGACCAUUAAGCCUGGGGAGCACGGAUCCACAUUCGGAGGGAACCCUGUGGCUUGUCGUGUUGCUAUUGCAGCUUUGGAGGUGAUGGAGGAAGAGAAGCUUGCAGAGAAUGCUCAAAGGAUGGGAGAACUUUUGCGUUCUGAGUUGAGGAAACUGCCCAAAGACAUUGUGACAACAGUCAGAGGGAAAGGCCUCCUCAAUGCAGUUGUUAUCAAGGAGACCAAAGACUACGAUGCCUGGAAGGUUUGCUUGCGCCUUCGGGACAACGGACUCUUGGCCAAGCCCACCCAUGGGGACAUCAUCCGACUGGCCCCGCCUCUGGUCAUCAGGGAGCAUGAACUCCAGGAAUGCAUCGAUAUCAUUCAGAGGACCAUCAUGUCCUUCUAAAAAAAAAAAAAAGAAAACAUAGUCCAAAUCUUUUGAGGCCAAGGAAGGCCACACUUAAUGUUUUAGUUGCUAUUAUUUAGAUUUUAUUUUUAGACCAUUUUCAUGCUCUUCGAAAGAAUCUUAGGAAUAGGAGUAGGAAUUGUAUGAAGACACCUUUGUAAGAGUAACUGCUGUAGAAGAGAGAGAAUACAGUUUGGUUUUCUAAGGAGAGGUUGCAGGUAGAUCUUAAACUUUUGAUGUGUUUAGUUUACAGUGUGUGAUUUUAACUAUAAAUUGUGGGGGUUUUCAGAAACCUUCAGUUUAAAAAUAGAGAAACAGUGUUACUACUGAAGCCUAUGGUCUGGUCAAGAAGGGAAAAAGACCUCCUGUAGGACAGUGAAGCAAAUGCACCUUUUUUUUUUAUGUAAAUCAUCUUAAGGUCCCAUUGCACAGGUUGAGUAAGGUCAAACCGUCAGUCUUCCACCAUCAUUUACAUUUAGUCUGAUAUGUUAACGUUAAGCUGUGUUUGCGUCUACAGCUCCAACUCUAGUAGAACUUACUUUGUAAUUGGUUAUCAUUUAAGUGUUUACACUGCUGGAUUUCUUUCAGCUUGACUGAUUUCUGCUGACAUGUUCUGAAAACGAUCUUGUUACAUAAGAGGUCAAAAGUCUAGAUAUCUUGCAAUUUAGGGUUUUCCUUUUUUUAUAUUUAUGUAAUUGUGCAUUUGCACUGUAAUUGCCACUUAAACUAAAGUUACAAUAAUUCAAAAUCCAAUUGACCAAAUUUCAUACAUUCUCUCUAUAACAGUUAAUUUUGCCACAAAAGAAAAUAUGUGAGAAAUGUCACUCGCUGCUUUAAGAUGAAUUAAAGAAUGUUUGGAUGGAUGGCGACGUGGUGCUGGAGGAGGCUGGCUUAGUUUUAAAUAUUUGCUGUUUGUGCAGUAUGUAUGUGAAGAUGGCCUUUUUGAAGACACCUGACAUUGAUAUAAAAUCCAUUGUUCCCCAAAUAAAUUAUUUCAACAUA